AUGGCUGAGGGUAUAGUCGAAGUCCAAGAACUGGAAAAACUGAGACCGAAUACAGACUCGAAUACGAACAAACGAAUCAAUACAGACGCAUCAAACGCUGAAUCCACUCAAAAAUGGAGUAUAAUAUUAGAGCCAGUGCUGGCUGGCGCAAUGAUGGCUAUAAAUUUGGGACAGACUUCUUUGCAAAAUUUCUAUUUAAGGACAGCUUGCACCGUAGACUUGGGUUAUUCGACAGAUGUAUGUGAUAGAGGAGUGGGAGAAGAAUUUCGAACUGCUGAAGCAGCUAGUCAGAUGGUUGUAUCGGGUGUGAACAUCAGUAGAAGUUUCGUCGGUUGUCUGCUCUCCACUAUUGUUUUAUUAUUCGUGGGACCUUGGAGCGAUUGCAGCGGUAAGAGGAAGCCGUUGCUCAUCAUGCCUUUGAUCGGAAUGAGUGUGAUGACCACAGGAGUGCUGCUGUUACUUACGUUUCCUGGUGCUUCUACAGUACAAGUUCUUUAUGUUGUACAAAUACCGAUCUCACUGGGCGGCAAUUUUGGAUUGCUGCUCGCAGCUUCUUUUAGUCAUGUUGGUGACAUAUGUCAUGCAAGCGGACGUGACAUAACCCGCACUAUGGGCAGCCACCGCGCGGCCAUCCAGAUAGCGCACGUGCUGGGCGCGGUCAGCGGGCCCCUGCUCUACCGGCAUCUCGGAUUCUUCGGUGUGUUCCCAAUAGUUUUAUUACUGCAGCUCGCCUCGCUGAUAUACGUAGUAGUAGUCAUUAAAGACGUUAAUGUGAAUACUGAAAAUAAAGUGUCAGUUUUCAAUUGGAGAUUACCUUUCAAUGCGUUUCAUUGUUUGGUGAGGCGUCGCGAAGGUUAUAAGAGAAGCAUUAUUCUGCUCAUGUUGAUAGUCGCGCUCGGCGACCGCAUGUUGUUGUCUGCGGAGGUAUUGCUCGCCUACAUGUUCUAUAGGUACAAGUUCCAUUGGGAUGACGUCAUGUUCGGUUCAUUCCUCGCCUACAGGAACAUUGUCAGCUUUGUUGGGACUCUGCUUAUUCUGACGGUGCUCAAGCGACGUUUACGACUAUCAGACGAAAUAGUGGGCGUACUAAGUUGCAUUUCAUAUAUUCUUGCCACGUCAGGACUUGUGGCAGCUUCUACCACCGUCGUAGUCUUCUUACUACCUCUGGUUGGAAUCAUAUCACAGGGUUCGCAGGUAGUGCAAAGGCCUAUACUCAACAAGCAAAUUUUGCCGACGGAACAAGGUAAAAUAUACAGUGUUAUGGGAGCCAUGGAAUCUGCAACACAGACGUUUUCAUCACCACUAUAUUCGUUACUUUACAAGAAAACCGUCUCAUCAAUGCCGGACGCGUGGCUAGCGCCUGGCGUCAUAUUAGCUGUUUUCCAACUCCUUUCUUAUUUAUUAACAAGGAAAUUAGGGGUUAAGCCCACAAAGGACAUCACGCAAAUCGAGAAAAAUAUUUCUACGACUUUAGCAAAGUCUCGAAAUGAAAAAGAUGAAUCUCUCCCAAAGGAAGAACCAAACGGUUCUCAAGCUGUUACAGAUGGUUUCAAAUAA